UUCUGCUGCCAUCAGUGAAAGACAAAGAGUUUAUUGAAGGACAGUGAGAAGAUGAGUGAUCCAGAACCCUGCAGAAUUAAACAGGAACAGACUGAAGAACUAAUAGAUGUGAUGGUGAAGGAGGAGAGUGAAGAACUGAGUGAAGAUGAGGAGAAACAUCGAAUCAAGAGUGAAGAAGAAACUCACACGAACACUGAAGAUAGUUUUUCAGGGAACAUAACAGCUGUAAAUGGUUUCACCUGCACUCAGUGUGGAAAGAGUUUGAGGCACAAAUAUGAUCUCAGUCGUCACAUGAGGAUCCACACAGGAGAGAGACCUUACAAGUGUUCACACUGCGACAAGACAUUCAGAUAUUCAGGACAUGUUAAAAUCCACGAGCGGAUUCACACUAGAGAGACAGCGUUCACAUGUGCUCAGUGUGGGAAGAGUUUCAUAGCUUCAUCCUCCCUUAAUCCACUCCUCCACACUGUAAACAAGUGUGAUCAAUGCGGCCAUACGCUUGCGAGGCCUUCACCGCUUGGAGUUCAUACAAAGGAGAAGCCUUAUUCAUGUUCUGAGUGUGGAAAGAGUUUUGUAAGGAAGACCAAUUUAAAACACCAUCAGAAGAUCCACACUGGUGUGAGAGAGUUUGUGUGCUUUGAGUGUGGGAAGAGUUUUUUCAGAGCUCCGGACUUGAGACAACACCACAUGAUUCACACUGGAGAGAAACCGUACAAGUGUUCGCACUGCGACAUGAGAUUCAGAAAUACAGGACAUCUGAAGCAACAUGAGAGGAUCCACACUGGAGAGAAACCGUACAUAUGUACUCAGUGUGGGAAGUGUUUCAGAGCUUCGUCGUUCCUUAAAAUACACAUGCUGAUCCACUCUGGAGUGAAAACACACCAAUGUGAUCAGUGUGGCAAAACAUAUUUAAGGCCUUACGAGCUGAAGCUCCAUCUCAGAGUUCAUGCAAGGGAGAAUCCUUAGUCAAGUUCAUUAUGAAAGAGUUUUUCUCAUCAAUUAAAUGUUUAUUGCUUUGA